AUGUUAUUUGCCGUAGAAGGGGGAGGAUUUUUCUCUACAUCAGCUUCCGGAUAUAGUAAGGGCCUGAGCCUCCUUCUGUCGGGCAACAAAAACGAGGACAAGCCCAUGAGAGUGGCGCCGUGGACUCAGUACCAGUUGGUGGACCAAGAAAUCAAUCCCAAUCUCCAGCUGGCGCCUGGCAAGAAACGCCUCGUCCGCAGGUGCGCCUCUUUCGUGUGCUUCGGCCGAGCCGCUGUCACUGGACCUGAAGGCCCAUCCCAGCUGAAUGUGGGACCCACCAAGAACCGAGAAUUCCAGCAAGGAUCUCGGGAGCGUGAUGGGAUUAAAGAUGCAGCUCAUUCGGUUGAUCGUACUGUUAAUGGUGAUAACAAUGGGCAGAUAGGCAUUAGUCGUAAGAGUAGCUUGAAGAGAUCAGCAGACAUUGCAGGCACUAUUGUUGGUGAUGGCAGCUGUGGAAAUAGCACCAAGCUUGAUUCGUCAUGUGAAAGGGACAGUGAUGCCACUUGUCAAAUGGAAAGGAGGAAAGUUCAGUGGACAGAUGCAGUUGGUGGAGAACUUUUUGAGAUUCGAGAGUUCGAGAUGAGUGAAGAUGGAUCAGAUGAUGAAUUUGAUCAUGCGAACGAGAAGACGUGUGCGUGCAGGAUAAUGUAG